GCGUGCUGACGCAGGCAGUACCCCGGGCAAGAUGGCGGCGCCCGGUACAGGCGUGCGGAGUGUGGUGGGAUCGGAGAGCCCUGAGGCGUGUGAGGAGACCCCACGGGCCCCAACCGAGCCCGUCCCCGGCUUCCCCGAUACCGACACGUUCGUGAAGUAUGCCCUCGGGACCGUCGUGGCAGCAACCAAGUCGUCUACCGGCCUGCCGCAAUCUGGUGACGAAUAUGACUUUUACCGCAGUUUUCCGGGAUUUCGUGCCUUCUGUGAAACGCAGGGAGACCGUCUGCUGCAAUGCAUGGGUCGGAUAAUGCAAUACCACGGCUGCCGCAGUCAAAUCCGGGAUCGCAGCACAGUCACCGAGCUGGAAGAUAAGUUUGAUCUGCUGGUUGAUGCCAACGAUGCGGUUCUUGAAAAAGUGGGGAUACUGCUUGACGAGGUUUCUGGGGUCAACCGAACCCAGCAGCCCAUCCUCCCUGCUGGUCUCCAAGCUCCGAAAACCAUUAUAUCCAGUUGGAAUCGGAAGGGCAAUGAGUUAAAUAAAAAGGGAAAAGCUGAAACCUUCCGCCUGCUGCAUGCCAAGAACAUUCUGCGACCGCAGCUGAAGUUCAAGGAAAAGAUUGAUAACUCCAACACACCUUUCGUUCCAAAACUGUUUGUGAAGCCCAAUGCCCAGCGGCCCCUGCCCGACGCUCUGAAAAACCGACGGGAAAGACAGCGUCCUGAAGACCUGGAUGUGCCGGCAGCGCUGGCUGAUUUUAUCCACCAGCAGAGGAUGCAGCAGAGCGAGGAGGACAUGUUCUGUCACCCCUAUAAGUAUGAAUUAGAUCACUUUGAACCCAUGGAGUCCUUGCUGGAGAAACCAGAGAUGAAGCCUUUCCUGCCGAUGCAAGAUGUCGCCUGUCACUUUGUGACAACACUGGAUGAACUGGUGAAAUUAAACGAAGAGCUACUAAAGUGUUCUGAGUUUGCUGUGGAUCUGGAGCAUCAUUCCUACCGAAGCUUCCUGGGUCUUACGUGCCUUAUGCAGGUUUCGACCCGGACCGAUGACUAUAUCAUCGAUGUCCUCGAAUUGCGCAGUGACAUGUACGUCCUGAAUGAGAGCUUCACGGAUCCAGCCAUUGUCAAGGUUCUCCACGGAGCCGACUCAGACAUCGAGUGGCUUCAGAAGGAUUUUGGCCUAUACAUUGUGAACAUGUUUGACACCCAUCAAGCCGCCCGCGCCCUAAACCUCGGAAGGAACUCCCUGGAUCACCUCCUCAGACUCUACUGCGAUGUAGAGUCAGACAAGAAGUUUCAGCUUGCAGAUUGGAGGAUUCGCCCGUUACCCGAGGAAAUGAUUCAGUACGCCCGAGCUGAUACCCACUACCUGCUCUACAUCUAUGAUAAAAUGCGGACGGAUCUUCUGAACGCGGCCAACGGGCAACAGGGUCUCCUGCAGCUCAUCUGGCAGAGGAGUAAAGACAUCUGUCUUAAGAAAUUCAUCAAACCGAUAUUCACCGAGGAUUCUUACCUGGAACUCUAUCAGAAGCAAAAGAAGCAUCUGAACGCACAGCAGCUGGCCGCCUUCCGGCUUCUGUACGCCUGGAGGGAUAAGGUGGCUCGGCUGCAGGAUGAGAGUUUGGGGUACGUGCUGCCCAACCACAUGUUGCUAAAGAUCGCCGAAGAGUUACCCAAGGAGCCGCAAGGUAUCAUCGCCUGCUGUAAUCCGGUACCUCCGCUGGUGCGACAACAAAUCAAUGAAUUAUCGCUCCUCAUACAGCAAGCGCGAGAGACUCCUCUUCAGAAGUCAGAAGUCAGCAGUGUGAGGAAGAAAGGACCGAUGCCCAACCCCGAGAAUCUAGAGAAUGAACUCUUUGGGCUCCAUGAUACAUCGUCCCACCCUGCGGGAGAUUUCGCUACAGGGACAGACCUGCAGACGGCACCUGGGACCUUGUUUUCAGAUGAAGAUCCACCUACCCCUGUUCAUCCUCAUCGGACAGUAAUACUCGCUCGAGCCAGCAUCUCGAUAUUCAGCGAUCCUGAUGAUGGUGAAGAGAAUUUGUCAGUUACUCAACAGAAGGCAAGGAGUAUCCUGGAGUCCUUUAAGAACCCCUUCCGAAUGUUCCUGCCGUCAGAGGAUCGGGGGGCCCACGUCUCUCAAGCAGCCAAGUUGGAUCCCAAUACGAAAAUGUUCGAGAUCAGUAACCAAUGGAAGUUGGUAAGUCUGGCACAACAAGAAAAAGAGGCAAAAGCCAAAGAAGAAGCCAGGCAGAAGAAACGCGAAGAAAGAGCUGCCCGCGAGCAAGCGAAACAGGAUUUCAAAGCCAAGACUGAAAAUCUAAAAUCAGUGCGCGAACAAGCAAAGGAGGAGGAGGCAGAGAAGAAGAGAGAACGCGUGGCGAGCGAGCAGGGAGAGGAGACGGUGAAACCGGACAAGAAACGCAUGAAACGUACAGAGGAGGCCAAGGAACCAACGGCUCCGGCCCCAUUCACUCCGUUCGACUACAGCAAGUCAGACUUCAAGGUGUUUGCAGGCAGCAGUAAGGUGAAGGGCGAGUCUGAUUUUGACCCCAAUAGGCAGCCGCAACAGGGCAAGAAAAGGGGCUCUAACCGGAAGACUCAACAGACGAAAGGCAACAGAAGCAUGUCCUUCAUGCCCGGGAAAUCAGAUCGGGGAUUCAGACACAGCUGGCCGAAGAGAUAAAUCCUGCCUUUUGCGCUUGGAAAGAAGAGAAAGCGGGAAUUGUGCAGCUCUGUGUCUUUUUAUCAUUAAACUUUUAAUGUACAAACA